GAUGAGGAUGACAAUACACUGACUGAGCUCAGACACCUUUUCUUUCCCCACAUGGGGUGUUUGUGUUGUGUUUUGUUCCCAGCCUGUGUGCGCAGUAGACCGUCUGGUGUGAGCGCAGGUCCCCCGGUCUUUCACGAUGGAUGAAAUAUUGAACUACAGCGCAGCACUGAACCUGAACCUGAGCUCUCCCGGCGAGGGGACGUUUAGUUUCGAGGACAUCGACGUGAGCGCGGACGGCAGCCCCAUCCUCAGGAUACUCAUCUCCGUGGUGUACUCGGUGGUGUGCGCCAUGGGCUUGGUGGGCAACCUGCUCGUCUUUUUCCUCAUGCGCCUGCGGCAGGGUCGCAAGAGGUCCACCAUCAACGUGUUCAUCAUCAACCUGGCCGUGACCGACUUCCAGUUCGUGCUGACUCUGCCCUUCUGGGCCGUGGACACGGCGCUGGACUUCAGCUGGCCGUUCGGAGACGCCAUGUGCAGGAUCGUCCUCUCCAUCACCGUGAUGAACAUGUACGCCAGCGUGUUCUUCCUCACCGCCAUGAGCGUGACGCGCUACUGGUCGGUGGCCUCCGCGCUGAAGAAGAAGACCUACCGGAGGUCGCGGUGCGUGCGCUGGGUGUGCGCGGUGCUGUGGGUGGCCGCGACCGUGGCCACCGCGCCGACGGCGAUCUUCUCCGCGGUGACGGUGGUCGCCGGAGAGAAACUCUGCCUCCUCAGGUUCCCCGAAGGACACGACUGGCUCGCCCUGUACCACAUCCAGAAGAUACUGAUAGCCUUCAUCAUCCCCAUGCUCAUCGUCUGCGUGAACUACCUGAUGCUCCUGCGCUUCGUGAGGCAGCGGAGCAUGGGCAGCAGCAACCCCAAGCGGAGGUCCAGGGUCACCAAGUCAGUCGCCAUCGUGGUGCUGUCCUUCUUCUGCUGCUGGAUGCCCAAUCACGCCAUCACCUUCUGGGGCGUGCUGGUCAAGUUCAACGCGGUCAACUGGGACAAGGCGUACUACGCGGUGCACACGUACGUGUUCCCGGUCACCGUUUGCCUGGCGCACGCGAACAGCUGCUUGAACCCGGUGCUCUACUGCCUGAUGAGGCCGGAGAUCAGGAAGAUGCUCAGCGGCUUGUUCUGGAGACUCUCCACUCCGUCCUCGCACCGGGGCUGCGCGACGCGCUCUUUUACGCAGGGGGAGACGCAGGGGGUCGUGCCUCUCCAGAUCAUGGACAACGGGGAGUACACGCUGUCCAUCAUAGACCGAAAAGGAGUGACCAGCUCCAAGAUGAUCCCGCACACCAGAUGAACUCGCUCUGAUUUAAAACAGGAUGGAAUCUGCUCCACUUUCUUUCUUUUUUUGGGCUCUGGUUGUCCUGAUUAUUCAUGCACUGAUUUCACUUCAUGUCCCAGUCUGAACAUUUUGAAGGACACAUGGCACAGAUGCAUGACAAACCACUAUCUGCACAUUGUGGCACUUCUUGAAUUCCUAAAACUGUGACAUGUUGAUUCUGUUGAUGGAUCGAACCAACGUGUUCACUCUGUCUCCCUCAAAACGCAGCUGCACCAGCUCGGAAAUUUUUGCCCCUUAUGAUAUGUUUGCUUUAACUUCACAGCGUGGAGCGACAAGAAAAGGAAGGAACAGAGGGACUGGGACAUAUAUAUUGGGGGCAUCAGGGACAAAGGUCCCAGGACUGUGGCAUCUCGAAAAGGGACGAAUGAUGGAUGUGGGGAUUUAAAAUAAAUGUACAAGGUUGUAAUGUUUUCUAUUCCUGUUGCUAAAGCAUCUCUGUAAA